UCGUUUCUCCACACUCCUCCAGUACACACCACCACCAGCAGGCCGCCCUUAGCUCAUCACCACCUCCUCCUCCUCCACACUCCACCUUCUUCAGAGUCCUCCUCCAUGAAGUACGUGAUGAGCGAGGAGGAGUUCCUGCUGAAGUGGAACAACCACCAGACUAACUUCGUGGAUGUGUUCAACGAGCUGCUUCAGGAUGAGUCUUUCGUGGACGUGACGCUGGUGUGCGGGGGCGAGGCGGUGCCGGGCCACAAGAUGGUGCUGGCCGCUUGCUCCCCGCUCCUGCACCGCAUCCUCCGGGACAACCCAUGCCGCCACCCGCUGGUCAUUCUUGGAGACGUGCCUGCUGGGGACAUGCGCGCCAUCAUGCACUUCAUCUAUCAGGGCGAAGUGAGCGUCUCCCAGUCCGAAUUGGCGAGCUUCCUCAAAACUGCUGAUAACCUCCAGAUUAAAGGGCUGGCGGAGAACAGGGAGAGCAGCGGGAAGGAGGACAGGAAGAGGAAAGACAAGGACGGGGAGAGAUUGGAGGGUCGACCCAAUAACAAGAGGCAGCGCACCUCUGAGGGGAGGCUGGACAACGUAAACACCACAGCCGCGCCUGCCAUGUCCCCUGUCUCAUCUCGCUCACACAAGUCACUCAGCGAUUCUCAUUCUUCUAGUCACAAGGGUCGGGGGGGCGGCAACAGGGCCACGGGGGACGAGCAGCACCACCAGCAGGGCCUCAGGAACAGCAGUGGCGGGCGAAGCAGCGCCACCAAUAGCACCACCAACCACCACCACAAUCAUCACCCAGCCACCAAGCACCAUACUCCCUCAUCCAGACACUCAAGUUCAAAAGCUUCCCACACCCAAGACAUUCCCUCUAAAGUGUCCUCCUCAUCCAGUAAGCACCGUGGGGAGGAAGGCGUCAGCACCUCUCACCACCACCACCACCACAACUCGGAGAACAGUGCGGGUGAUGACAAAAUGAUGACGAAGGAGGAACUGGAUGAACUUACUGUGAAGACUGAGCCCCUCGAUUACCCUGUGGAGGUGGCGUGGAGUGAGGGAGCCCUGGGACGGGAGGCGGGCAUGGAGGACUCUCAGGGUCUGCUGCCAGCUAUCUCUGCCUCCAUGGCCGGUGGUCUGGAGGGUGUGGCCGCUGCUAUUGUGGCCUCUCCAAACCUUCCUAUCAUUGAGUUUGGCGAUGACAGCCGAAAUGAUGACGGGAGUCGGGGUGACCUGUCCACUGCCUCAGAUGAUGUGAAUGUCAACAAUACCGCGGAGCUGGAGGAGGGAGAGGAGGAAAACACCACGUCAGGGUCUCCAGGCAAGUUUCGUGGUGGACGCAAAGCUUGCUGCUUUUGUGGUAAGACGUUCUGUGACAACUACACUCUGCGGCGCCACAUGGUGACUCACCUGACUCGGGAGCGGCAGUUUGAGUGUCCGAUGUGUAGCGCCGCGUACUCUCGCAAGGACCACCUUAUGGCCCACAUCAGAAGGAAACACCCCAUAGCUGAUGAGGUGGACAAGAUAGACAUCAGUACCGGACAAGCAGGGUAAAAUUCACACUCCAGGGGACAAGAAUUCUCUCAGGUGUGUGUGAGUGAUGGUCAUGGUUGUCCGAACUCAGUUUAUCCUGAGCACACUCCCUUUGCCAUUCCAAGCUGUUCAGGAGUUACCACUGUCAUUGUGCACAGUGGUACUUAGUCAUUAUUCUGUUGACAUGCUCACAUAUGAGAUGUAUAUUUUGGAAUUUGUUGAGCUGUUUUAUUGUGAUGAUUCCAACUUUUGUUGUAAAAUUACCCUUUAGGUUUAAUGUAGUUAUUAUGGAGUCUGAUUUGUUAAUUUUCUCUGUUUUCCUUCUCCUCAAGUGGUGAGGUAAUCUCUAUAUUCCUUUCCCCUCAGCUGAUGAGGUAAGACAUCAAAACUUGUAAUAUAGUUUUCACUGUAAAUGUUUUCAGCAAUGGUGUCGUAUGGCUCCAUAUCGCCAUGUGUUCAGUGUUGACAGUGCUGGACUUUUUCAUCCUAAGGAUGACAUUGUAAUGAUCAACACAGAAGCUCCUACACAAGCUUGGUGUAGCCUCCUCUGUGUUGUGUCUUGUGUGGGGACAUUGGUGUCAGGUGAGGAGGACAUGACCCUGAGGUAGUCAUGCACACACUUUACCUUCUUUAUGAUAACAGUUCAGGAGAGUCUGAUAUUCAAUACCUAAUGAAAUUGUGUACAGAUAUACACAUGUGCAGUAUGUGCAACACAAUGCUUUUAUGCAUAUUAGCUGAGGGCAAGUAGCCAAUCCAGUCUGCUGAAUGUCCUCCUCUGCUCACGCAUCAGUUUGGUAUAAAAGGUUUGCAGGUCUGUGUGUCCUCAUCACUCUGUCAUCAGUGUCCUCAAGGCACAAGGGAGCUGAAACUUAUGUGACCAACUUGAGCCUAUCCUGACCUUUAAAGUCUGCAUUUAGUAUAUAACAUUGAGGGAGUAGCAAGGUAUUAGUCAUUGUGGGCUUUCGCCUACUAGGUGUGUGGGCUGUUAGGUUAGUGGUCUGAUAUAUAUAUAUAAAUAUAUAAGCAUAUAUACAUGCAGUCUGUGAGAGGUGAGGCAUUCUUGCCUUACAAGAUGUGUUGUUGGUUUGGUCUGAAGCUCACUCAACGUGUGUCAUGAGUGGGCAGCAUCCUCCCAGUCAUGUCUUGGUGUGUGUCUCUGUGCCUUCUAACUAACCCUGAACAAGCGCGAUCAAAUGUGCCAGUUAAUGCACAGCUUGGCUAUACUUGAGCUCCUUCAACACACUCUGCUGACACAAUCCUCUUUGCCUUGCCAAGUUCACCUCUUAGGGCGGGAAUGCAGCAACAUAUUUAUAUUUUUAACAAAAAAUUUUGGUGGAUCAGGGCCCCUUUUUGAUACCUCUUGGCUGUAGUGUUUUUAUAAAGAUGUGUUUUAUCAUGAGUAGUUGGUAUCUGUAAAAAAAUUACAAGGCCGUACUUUUUCAAUCCAGUUGUUAUUAAGAUAAGCUGAAGAUGGCAUGUAAGUUUUUGUUCUGGGGGGAAUUUCAAGAGGUGAACUGUUCUGUUGAUGCCAUAGUACAUUGCAUAGUUUUAAGGCUGGCAUGAAUACCUGGCAAGGCUUGCACAGGUAAUAAGCUGAUUGCUGAUUUGUGGCUACUGGCAGGAGUCAAGCCAAUCCCAUCAUGCCAAUUAUCAAAAUAAUAGGAAAUGUGAUGAUCCUCAAGGUUGUUUAUGCAGUUCAUGUUAUCCAUCAUACCUAAGGAUCUUCAGUUGGACUUUUAUCUAUAUUUUAACUAGAUUGGAUCAGCUCACAGAUUCCCAUGUUCCAUUACUUAACUGAUGAAUCAUAACUUUGCAUCACACAAGUACUAGUGUCAUUACUCUUCUCUGAGGAUUGUGAGUAACAGAUUCAAGGGAUCAUGGUACAAGGGUGUUUACAUCUUAUUCUGAUUUUAUCAUCUAGUAACCUAUGCAUUCAUGGCCUCUCUCUCAUGGUCAUGUGUGACUUUAAAGAAUUAUUAUUUUAAGUCAUUACAUCACUUAAAGAUCAGCCACCCCAGCUAUGUUGUGGUGAUGGGCUAAUGUAACAGAACCUAUCUAAAACCCAACCUAAUCCAAUUUAGCAUUACUUAUCCCUAAAGUAUCUGGAGUGGCUGGACUUCUUGCAACCCAAACCAUCAUACCUUGUUCUUGUUCAAAAUGUACGUACAUACUGUUGUCUUUCACAGGGUUGUUCUGUUGUCUUUACCAGGGGAUUCACUGUUCUUGUAGGCUUUUGAUUUUGCAUAAUUAUGAGGAUUCUCUUGCUAAUUCAAACUUUAUAGUGCAUUUGUGGAAGGCUUCCUCACAGGCUGAUAGCAGUCUUUGGAUCACUUGUGGGUGAGCAGCAGCAGGAGUCACUUUGUCAGGAAGAUAGAAAUAAAAGCAUCACAUUUGAGGCAUCCUGUGUGAGAAGGUGCUGGCCAAGUCAGAAGGAAAAGGAUUCCAGCUGAUUAGAUAUUACUUUGAGAUUGCCUCCUGAUACAGAAUGCCUCAGUUACAACUUUCGCCCACACAUUUCAAAUAUUAUUGUAAAGUCCAUCAUAUGAGACUUAUUUUCCUGCUUUCAUGCUUGUUUUCUUCUUGACAUUUUGAUCCUUUGGUGAUUUUCCCUGUAUGGAGGAUGAAAGUUAAUCGCCUUAUUUUAUUUGUUCACUGUAUACUUUAUAUCUUGGCUUGCAUUAAACAGCUUCACAAUUCUGAGGUACAGUAUUCAACUUGACAUUCUUCACUAGGUUUCCACUUUGCUCUCUACAAGUAAGACAACCUAUAGUUGUGAGAGAUCUCCAUUACAUGGAACAUGUCAUUUCAUAAAGUGACAUAUAUGGUGCAUCAGUCAAGCUUCAGUUUCAUCUUUAUAUAUUUUCUGCUUUAUUAUUUGCUUUUUACUAUUGUAUAACAUGCUGUUUUGAUUCUUGAGUGGUUCUUCCUGCAAAGUGUCAUAUUGCUGGUGGAGGUGUGGUGGGGAGUGGUGGGUGUUAAAAGGAAGGCAGAGCUGUUGUGUGGUUUUGGUGCUGUUGGGUCUUGCUCUUCUCCUCAGCUCAAAGAUAUUUUCCUAGCACAUUUAUACUGCUAAUAAGGUUACACUGUAGUAAAGUGUACGUAAGUAGUGGAACAUUCAUCAAAAGAGGAUCCAAAGAUGUUUUUUUUUUUUUCUCUUGAUUUGUUUUUCAGCUUUGAUGUAUGGAAGUUAGUUUGCAAUGUGUAACCCUUGUGUUGGUUGGGCGGCAUUGGUAAUAGGCAAUGCUGUUUGAUUCUCCAACAGUUUUAUCAGUAUUUGUAUUCAAGUAAUUUCAAGCCACUAUUUAUAUACAAAAGAAAGGGAUGAAGUGGACAUAUUAUGUAGGCCUUAGUUUAUAAAGUUUUGCUGCUGUUGUGGUUUUGAUUGAGUGCAUGAUAGUUUUGUAAUUUGUUUUGGUGGUGUGUGUGGGUAAUGUUUUAUUCUCAGUUUGAUUUUUUCUUCCAUUUCAUUGCUUAAUAAGAGCGAUACAUUUAUUAGACAAGCACACACACACACACACACACACACACACACACACACACACACACACACACACACACACACACACACACACACACACACACACACACACACACACACACACACACACACACACACACACACACACACUGCAUGCAUAUUUUCUUACAUUUUUACCACAGUUGUCAUAUCACAAGCAUGUGUUCUAUGAAGAAUACAAAUGUAAAAACGAAUGAGUGAAUGAGUGAGGGAAAAAUAUUGAGAUUAGUGUAAAAGUUGAAUAGUAUUUAUUGUAGUCUCUCUCUCUCUCUCUCUCUCUCUCUCUCUCUCUCUCUCUCUCUCUCUCUCUCUCUCUCUCUCUCUCUCUCUCUCUCUCUCUCUCUCUCUCUCUCUCUCUCUCUCUCUCUCUCUCUCUCUCUCUCUCAUAUGACAUUUCAAUCUACAGUUAUAUUCUUAUCCUUUUCCUUCUGUCAUUCUGUCUUUCAUGACUGACUCAACACUGCAGUUUUAACUUCGUCUUCAUCCUUCCUUUCUUUUUCCAGGCUUAAUUUACCUAACUGCAGUAUUCCCUUCUUGUAGGAGGAACUAGCUGCCUAAGUUGUCAGUCCAGACCCUACCUGGAGAGCUCAAAUAUUAUCACUUGCUUACUAUUUAUUUUGAAGUGAAUUAAAAGACAUUAUGCCAUAGGAAAGACUGAGCAACCAGUAUAUUAGUUAUGUAUCUAUAGCGUACAUGUGUAUGUUUAAUAUCUGAAUGCGAGAAGUUAUGAAAUUUCUACAUUCGCCUUGAGACUACUGAAAGACAUUGUGAUCAUAUGUACAGUUUAGUUUUUUUUUUCUCUCAUUAAUUUAUUGUAUGUUUAAACCUUGCCGGCCGUGAAGGAUUGUUUACUUCUGCACUAAUUCUGGUUGUCUCGCUGGCAGUAGGUGGGAGGAGAGGAAACCUACAGAGAUAAACAUAAAGAAUGAUGAUUGUGUGUUUUGAAUUCAUAGAGGAUAAUCUUGCAAUUUUUGGAUCACAGAGUAGCAUUCAUAAUAAAAGAAAUAAAUCAAUGCAUAAUCAAGUAAAGAUAUGUUGAUUUAUGAAUGGGAGUGGUGGUAGGAAAAUUUACUUCAAAGUAGGAGUACAUCAUUAUAUUAUGUAAUGUUUUAAUUGCACAUCAGCAGAGAGAAGAAAGAUGUGUCUUAUUGAAAUGUUAAAGAAUGUAAUACACACUCUUGUUUCUGUCUGAGUUUUCAUGGUACAUUUUCUACAAGUUUGUCUAUAUUUGGGAUCAUUGAUUUAUGCACAGUUAAUCAAGCAAGUUUUCAUUAUUUUUUUGUAGACCUGUGGUGAGUUUCACUCCACCACAGUUAAUUCACAGGCAACCAAAGUAAACUGUUUUCUAAAUUUGUAUGGUUUUCUAGGAAACAGCUAAGAAAAUACAAUUUUUUUGGUGUUUGGUGCUUUAAAGAGAAGCUAACAAACUGAGGAUAAGUGACUUUUGAAGAGUUUACCUUUGAUUUUCUUGUACCAUUGAAGUGUCCCAUACUGUGUAUUUGGUUAUCCAGUAGUGAAGGGGAGCCAGCAAGCGAGGCAGCCAGAGUGAGUGGCACUGCUCAUCUGGACACAGCCAGUAUCCUACAGUACAAUUUAGUUCUGCCAUAUUGCGUGACGGAUAGGGUUUAUUUCAUUGUGACACAAGUAGUUUGGUUUUCACGAGGUACAUGCUUUACCCUUCCUCUGUGGCAUGGUGGUGGGGACAGAUCCAGUGGGGGUCAAAGAAGGUGGUAGAGGCCGAGUGUCACUGCCCUGCUUCGCACACACAAGUUGAUUUUGCCUCACGUAUGAGGUACACAAUGGUAUUUAAUGACAUUUAUGUAUAUUUGUGUUUCAUUCAUUGGGUACAUUUCUUGUUUAAAGUGCUGGCCAUCUUAGUACUAUUUGCUACUAUUUGUAAAUUGGUCUGAAUAUUUGUAGAAUUUUUAUGUUUUUUGUUAUUACAUAUUUACAUAUUUAUUUUUUAUUUGUUUUAUCUAAUAAGGAGAUGUAAAUUGUGACCAUUAUUUUGUUUAGUUUGUCACAAAGGAAUCUGAACCAAUCUUAUUUUAUUCUUGCAUUCAUUGAAUACUCUUGUGUGUCCAUGAGAGCCUGAAAAUUAUUCUUUCAUUUUCUACAUCAAUCCAAAAACAUACGUGCGACAAAUAAGUGCAGUGUGUGUGUGUGUGUGUGUGUGUGUGUGUGUGUGUGUGUGUGUGUCUUUGGGUCGCUGGGGCUCGCCUGACUGCCAUACCCUGUCACGGCCACAGUGGAGCAGGAUCUGUGAGGUGCGUGGCGGCGAGUGCCCGGCUUGGCAUCGAGGCGUGACGGAGCUGAGCGCUGUGUGUACCCUUGUAUCCAUUCAUUCAUGCAUGUAGUGAUCCAGAUGACAUCGUGUGUGACGUGACCCGCCGAGGGACCAAUGUUUUCUGUGCCUGCUGGUGACAAAGGAUGACGUCAUUGUCGUUAGUCACUCCUUACCUUCACUUUUCGGAAACACCAUUGUAAUGAUCUGUGUGUUUGGGAUCAGGAUUUGUUUGUCUCAUCUUGGAUUAUGUAAUGUGAGGAUUGUAUUCCGCUUUUAAAUUGUAAUAUAUGUACACAGUGGUAUAUGCAGACAUCUAUAAUUCUCCAUGCCUUAAGAAGAUAGCGUUUCCCCGUCGUACUGAUAGACUGAUAACGUGCUGUUGAUCUCAACGCUUUCGACAAUGGCGGAUUCGGUGCUGUGUCCACUUUUCUCUUUUUGGUCUCCCUCGGUUUAUCUUUUAUGCGUCUUAUUGAAAUAUUUAUGAAGUGUACAGAUGUCGUGAUACAUCACUAUAUUUAUGAUUUGUACAGAAGUGACUUUGCUGCACCUUAUUCAAGGGGUGAUAUAGAUUAUAUAGAUAUAGAGAUUAUAUAUAUUGAGGUGAUUUCCCUUUGGCGAGAACCUGCCUUCUUUCUAUUGUUCUUUCUUUUUAAUGCACUCACAUUGCAAGCGCCUGCCUCGAGUAGGAGAGUGUUUGGUGAAUUUGUUUCUCGUGUAGGUCAAAGUGAUGCUUGUGAUGAAAUACGUAUUGCCGGAGGAGAGAGUAGUGUACAGGCAGACAAGGGACCGUUUUACCGGGGCAGAUUUGUCGCACCAAGGGAGCUCACCUUAUCAUAGUUGUAUUUUCCUUGUUAUUUAAAAUGAGUGACCGAGUACUCAAGUUCUUUUGUACUGACGAGACUCUGGACUCUUGUAGUUUAAGCUUUCUAUGUAAUAAAACUUUCAACAACACAGGCUA